AUGGCAAUCAGUCCAUGUCAUUCGUUGGAGGAGCAUGCCUCCUCUGGGAGCAGGAUCUCUCGCCGGCUCCGUUUCACUCAAUCCCACCCUUCAUUUCGUGACGACUCUAAUGCUCUGAUCGAUCCUUUACCCGAUUAUCCAAAACAGACAGGGCCUUAUACAUCCUUUAACGAUUGCAUUCUGGUGUCUACAGAGUCAGCAGGCCGAAAUCGAGAGAGUGUGGCUGACUCAAAAUCUCCGACUGGGUCUGGGAAGCGGCCAAACUCCGGGAGCACUCGAGCUUUGGUCGACCCUGUUCAAAAGAUCAUUCUCCCCCGGACACCUGAGAAGCGGCCUAGGAUAAGGUGUUUUAGCGCUGGGCCCCUAGGGCACGCUCCAAGGGUGCCUCUUUGCCCUGAUCGCUUUAUACCGGAACGGCAAUUUUCUGAUGCUGCAUCUCCGUUUCGCCUUAGCAAACCUCCACAAUAUUUGUCGCCUGAAGAGAAACUACUGCGACGACGGGACAGACGCGAGGAUCCAUUUAGAUCGCCACGUUCUCCGAGGGUGAUCAGCUUUCCGAGGCACACUGACUAUCAUCAGCGCAGACACAGCCCUCAUUUUAUGCCGCAUUUUGUGAAUGACCCAGCUCUCUCAAGACAUGACGAUCUUUUGGAAACCAGUGAUAUGUUCAGACAAGUCAGUACUGGAGCCGUCUGGAAUGUCGGAGGACCGUCUGUUGCGACGGGUAGCCGACCUCUGGGGAUCCCUGAUGGAAUGGGAGGUUUCUCAAGAAGCGGGACCACCGCUCCAAUGCAUGUUGCCAAGUUUUUCGACAGAACUUCGCCUCCAGAACAAUAUAAGAUGCACGAGUCAAGGCUGGCACUCGCAUUGGAUAUUGACCUAGCAAACCGGAUGCUCAGCUUCUGGAGACUUCCUACUCAGCCUGAGUUCAAAUUCAGCCCUUCAUCUCCGCGCUAUGAGCAAUGUUGCCCUCUGACGUGGAAGGAUAAUGCUUGGAAGAGGGCCGAACGCGCGGAGGGGUCAAACACUGCUUCUAAAGCCGUCCAUCCGGUGUUGCCUGUCGUCCCAUUUCGGAUACUUGAUGCUCCCUUACUACGUAAUGACUUCUACUGCUCCAUUCUUGCCUAUUGCUAUACCUCUGAUCUCCUCGCUGUCGGCCUUUGUAGCAGCGUUUUUCUGUGGUCCGAAGCUCACGGGCUCGAAUACCCACCUUUUCCAGACCAGCCUAUUGAAAAUUAUAUAACGUCCCUUUCCUUUUCCUCUACAGAGGGUGGACGGAGCAUCCUUGCUGUUGGGAGACAAAGUGGCCAAGUGUGUUUAUGGAGCACAUUCGAAGACGCAGUGCGCUUUGAGACCACACAUCCAACUCCGGUCUCUUGCGUGGCAUUCAAGCAGGUCACAUCUCGCCGGCAAUCAACGAGAUUUCACGGAAUCGAAGUGAGCAUGGAGGAUCUUGCUGUGGGUGAUGAGUGCGGUUAUGUGUGGUACUACUCCGUGGAGUGGCCAGACUAUGGUCCCGAGGAAUCCGAUGACUGGGAUGGUACAAUGACGCUACUAGCCAAGAUUGCUGCACACAAGCAGCAGAUUUGCGGCUUGGCCUGGUCUCCUGAUGGCAUUUAUCUUGCAACCGGUGGAAAUGAUAAUGCCUGUCUGUUGUUUGAUCUUGGAGAAGUGCUUCAUCCACAUCAAGACACGGUCCUGGAGGACUCUCAUUCAACGGCGUAUCCGUCCUUUUUUGGAUUCCAGCCUCCCAGAGCCCUAUCCCGUCUAGCUAUCUCUGCACGACUGGGUCGUUAUUUUGGCCGUUUUCCGCGUUCACUUUCAGGCCAUCCUUCCACCCCGAGAUCUCCCAGUGUUCCUAGCUCAUCUGCUGUGGUCACUGCGGAUAUUGGAUCGGUUUCAUCCGGGGGUGGACACACAAUCUUCGUGCCUUGGAACCGCCAGAAACACCGACUCCGCCAUUGCGCCGCUGUCAAGGCUAUCGCUUUCGCUCCCUGGCAGCCAUCCCUCCUGGCCACCGGCGGAGGCUCAAAUGACCGGUCUAUCCAUUUCUAUCACGCUCCAUCUGGAAGCUGUCUGGCGACGAUUGACGUCUCUGCCCAGGUAACCAGUUUGAUAUGGAGCAAGACUCGACGGGAGAUUGCUGUAACUUUUGGCUUUGCGCAACCGGAGCACCCAUUUAGGAUCGCCGUCUUCGCAUGGCCAAGCUGCGAGCAGGUUGCUGCGAUCCCCUGGAACAUCAACGUCAGUGGUGUAUGGGAUCCUGAGACCGAUAACAAUAUCGAUUGUGGGAGGGCUCUCUGGGCGAUCAGUCAUCCUGGUAGUCCAAACAAAUUCCUAUCGGGAGCUCUACGACAUGAGCGGGUGGACGAUACAGAUGUUCUACCUGUCAGCAACGCUGAUGCAGUGAGUGCUGCUGGUGGCGCUUCAGCUCCGCUAGUCAGCAGCGGGACCACUACCAUUCGUCAUGGUUCGAUCAACUCCACGACCUCAGCAACAGCACAGAGCAGGGGGAAGAAAGAUAAGGUCUGGUCUCGGACAGCGGAAGAAGGCUGCAUCGUUGUUGCAGCGAGCGACGAGAGCAUCCGAUUUUACCAGGUUUGGAGCGAUAGCACAAGAAAUAUUGUCAGAGCCCGCGGCCUGCUGGGGCACAGUGCUAUCCUGGAGGGACUUGAAGGCAUCGAGAACCCGGGAAGAGAAGUCAUUCGAUGA